AUGUCUACAUCCGACCUCAAAGCAAGGAAGCGGUCUGAUUACGACUACUUCCUGACAUACCGUACGCGAUGGAGCGACAACGACCAAUACUCGCACGUGAACAACUCGAUAUACUACCACCUCUUCGACUCCGUUGUCAAUACAUAUCUCAUUGAACACUGCGGUCAAGAUCCAGCGACCUCCCCGCUUAUUGGGCUUGUCGUGUCCUCCCACUGCCAAUUCUUCGCCCCGCUUGCAUUUCCACAGGUUCUCGAUCUUGGCCUUCGAGUCAACAAGCUAGGGAGCAGCUCCGUGUCGUACGAAGUUGGAGUGUUCGCGCAAGGGGAAGGCUCGGUUGCGGCUGUCGGCGGAUACACACAUGUCUUCGUGGACAGCAAAUCGCGGAAGAGCACCCCGAUGGCAGAGACAGUGAAGGUUGGUUUGGCAAAGUUGUUGAAGCCUUCAGACAAGAAUGAAGUCAAGCUGUGA